AUGUACACCUGUCGACAACUUUUUCUUCCAUUUACACAUAUGAACAUACACUUUCUCCCAUUUACACAUAAAUGUAUAAACAGCCAUAUACACUUAUCUUUCUUUCAUUCCUCUCACUCUCACUUUAUCACUCUAUCUGUUUCUCCCUCUUUCUCGUUGUCUAUCUAUCUAUCUAUCUAUUUCAUUCAGUUUCUACUUCUGUAUCCUUGUAUUCUUAUCUAUCUAUCUAUCUAUCUAUCUAUCUAUCUAUCUAUCUAUCUAUCUAUCUAUCUAUUUUACAUUACUCUCAUUCUGUUUCCAUCUCUGUAUCCUAUCUAUCUAUCUAUCUAUCUAUCUAUCUAUCUAUCUAUCUAUCUCAUUCUGUUUUCACUUCUGUAUCCUUGUAUUCCUAUCUUUCUAUAUAUUUUCUAUCUAUCUACCUAUCUAGCUGACAUUGGUUUCUUUCCAUUCCUUCUUGAUGGAAUAUGUGCGCAGAACAGCGGUAGUAGCUUCUUUUUGCGUCGGGAAGAAACCUGCCGAAGUGAUGGCCUGAUUUGGGUUCAAGAGGACCAUUUGGAGGAAAUGGAUGACGUAAGAGAACAAGAACGAGUUUACUGCCAAACAAAAGGCCCACAACGUUCGUUCUUCCGCCGUUAG